UGCUAUGUCAUUUCCCCCUUUGUCAAGUAUGGAAUAUGUGUUUUUAUUUGACAAAUCGCACGUAAAAAGACAUUAAUCCAUUACCCGUGUUAUCAGCCAUCAUCGGAUUCCUUUGUGAUCAGGUCCAUAGGGGAUCAUAUACAGUAUGUAAAAGUUGGCCUUCAAUGUCUGGAUCACACGGCUGCUUCUUUAAUCUGACUUCUUUAUUCCUUAAAUUGUGUCCAAUACGUCAUUGCCUUUGCCAUUAUUCUAGUGAUAACCCUGUUUCAAGUGGAAGUGCUCCACUGGAUAGGAACAAACUCACUAUAAAAAUGGAGGCAGCCGCAUUGUUUCUCCAAGAUAUAGCAAUACUCCCAGAGAUGGAAACAGGUGUGCUGGAGCAUAGCCUUGCUGCUUCCAAUCCUUUUUCUUCUAGUUUUGGAGAUGAGGGUUUCUACUCUAAAGCCCUAAUCAAAGGGAAGAAACUCAGAUUGUUUGGCUUUGACGUGAAUCCAUGUGCAAAUGAUGGAAAGCGUUCAGUGGAGUCAGAGGAAGGAGAUGAAAGUUUGAGUUCCUCUAACACACCUUCACCUUGGAAGGAGAAAACUCUCCAGGGAAAGAGUUCAACAAAGUUGCUGAAAGAGAGGAGGUACGCUUGCCAGUACUGUCGCAAAGAGUUUGCAAACUCGCAAGCGCUGGGAGGCCAUCAGAAUGCCCACAAAAAGGAGAGAGUGAAGAAGAAAAGAAUGCAACUUGAGGCAAGACGGGCAAGCAUCAACCAAUAUCUUCAGUCUUUCCAAUCCCAUCCAAGGUUUACCGAGCCCUCUUUCAGCAUUCCAGAGUACAGCGUAUGCGAGUCUCCCAAUACCCUCAACCUCAUCCAUCACCAAACAUAUCUCAGUGACCCCCAUGAUCUGGAUUCAUUUGGCCAACAAGUAUAUGUUCCAUUCCAACAUGGAGAUAUGUUAGGCUGGGCAGAUGGAAGCAAGUGUUCCAGGGCCAUGCCUGGUGUAAUAAAGCCAUUACCUUUGCGCAUUUCCAGGCAAAGAUUGUAAAGAUAAGAUUCAGACUAGGCCGCCUAGUGACAUAAACAAAAUAUGCAGCCUCUCCUGAAAAUGGGUUGCAUCAUAUGUAGACAAAAAUGAAAUUAUUUCUCUGGUGUUUCCAAUUCUAAAAGAGAGGAGGUUGGUGGAUCCAACAAUAGCAAUUAACCCCAUGUGUAAAGAACUUCCGGAGAAAGUUUUUCUUCCUAAUUAUAUGCUAGCUGUAAAGACUGAAUACUGAUUACACAAAGAAAGAGACAAAAUCCAAGUCACCAGCAUACUAAUUUAUGAUCAAUAAACUAGAGUCAUAUUCCAGAGAGGA